AUGAUUAGAAAGGAACAAGAUAGCAGCAGAAAAUCAUUAGGAGAAAAGUAGAAUUUGAAUGAACUUUAAAGAUGGCUGAAAAAAGUGUAAAGGCUAUCUCAGCAUUAAAGUCGGUUAAGUAUAUAAACUUCUCAUUCGCCUAAGAAGAACCAAAUUAGAGCUUUAGAAUUAAAAUCUAAACUUCUCUUUUCUAUUAAUAAUGAAGUCGAGCCUCCUCAGUAAAGUCAACUUGCUAUUAGUCCUCACAAAAAUGAAAAUGAAAAAAAUAGUUUGUUUCCACCUAUAUAUAACCCUAAUUUUACCCAUUUAGAAGAUGAUAAGACGGAUGAAAGAAGUGAAUAAGAUUUGAAAAUAGUAGAUAAACUCAAUUUUUUUACACCUAUUCAAAGAUCUUAAAACAAAUUCAGUCAAAGAUUAAUACAAAUGAAAUAAGUUUAAAACAACUAAGAUAGUAUCCAAGCUCAAAAAUCUGGAGUUAAUAUUAUAAGCUUUACACAGGCAAGAUGUUUGAUAUAGCCCAAAUUCAUGGAAGACAAAGGAAGUAUGUGUAUUACUGAAUUAUGGCCUGAAUAAAUGAAGUAGGAGCUUAUUUAAGUCAACACAAAAUUAGAGGAAGGAUAAGAUACUAUAAAAUCAAGAAAUUUAAGAAUGAGAGAAGAAGAUAAAGAAUACACUUAAAGAUAUAAACCUAAAAAAAUGAAGCAGAAUGUAGAAAUAUUUUUGAAAGUUAGAGAUGAUAGAUAAAAUAUGCAGCUUUCUGAAAUAAGUCCAGAAAAUGUCAUUGACAGCUAUGGGUUAAGAAACUAAACAAAGAAUUAUAAAAUAUCUAUUUAAAAGAAAUUAUAUUAAUAACACUCAUCAAAGAGCUAAGAUAUAAAAUACAACGCAGCCCAAAAACAGUUAAAUGAGUAAUAUCUGAAUUUAUCUAAUACUACAGAUACCAAAAGAUCUAGAAAAUCUACAUCUUUAAGCAGAAACAAUGGGAGUUUUUAUAAAGAUAGAAUGUCUGAUGAAAUCGAAGUAGAGAAUAAUAAAAUCCAAAAUUUAUCGACAAAUGAAUCUAAAUAAAAUAUUCAAGAUAUCUAAAACGAUUCCUUUUGUUAAUAUUAUAAUAAGAGCUUUGUCAAUCAAAGCUAUUAAAGCGCAUAAUAAAAAAAUAAAUUUAUUUUAAAAUUUUCACAAUCUGGAAAGAAUAAUACAGAUAUUAAUGAGCAAUAUCUUUUAAGGUAGGCCAUACUCGAUAAACAUUUAGAUUAAAAGAAAAGCUCUUAUUGGAAAAACUAUGAAGAUGUUUCUUAAAAAAUGCAACAAAUAAUAUAAAUUAAAGAUGAAUGUGAAUCUUUGUUAGAAAAUACUCUAGGAUUAGAUUCUUACUUAAAUAGAGUUGAUUAGGACUUUAAUAAAAAAAUAGAUAGAUUAGGCAAAAAAAUUGAAAAGUACAAAUGA